GUUGUUUAUCACGUACAUUGAAGUACAAGUAUAAUUUUAAAACAUAUCGCGAUAGUAAUAUUUUUAUAAUAAGAAAAUAUAAAAGAUAUGAAAAAUCUAACCAUAUUAUUUUUGUAUUUGAUAUUUUCUAAGGGUUUUUAUAUAAGUAUAGCUUUUACAAUCGGAUUGUUAAUGGGUUUAUCAGCAGGAGUCAAAUGUGAAAUAUUUGAUGAAGAUGAAAAAAAAAAUGAAACUCUUUUAAUAAUUGUUGAUGACCGACCGGAUUGCUGUAUUUGCAUGCAAUAUAAAGAAGAGAAAAAAAUUGGGUGUUGUGGUCAUUCAUUCUGCUGUAUUUGUAUUAAUAGAUUGUUUGUAAAUAAUAAAUACAAAUGUGCAAUAUGUAGAAAAGAAUAUACUACCGAAGUUUUAGAAGCUGAUUCUUGUGAUGUUUUUAAUUGUGUUUAUCAUUCAAAAGAUCUUUUUCCAAUCGUCUCUGUUAGCUCAUCUGAAUAUCAACCGCAGCCCAAUCUUAAUGAUCCAGGUAGAGAACUAAUGGAAUUAAUUUUUAACAAUGAGAUUGCCAUUGCAGAUAAAUCAAGUAAAGAGUGAUUGAUAUAUUUUUAUGCAGUUAAUAUCGAGUGAAUUACUACCCAAACGUAAUACGGAACCACUGUUGUUCAAGUUACCACUUGUAUUCAAACAAUUAAGAACCUAAAAUUUCGAUAACUUAAUUGUGUUUUAAUAUCUCUUAGCGUAUACAAGUGUCAAAAUCAUAGUAUAUAUUGUUUAUAUAAAUAUAUUAUUUAGCUAUAUAAUUUUAAUGUAUUUUAAUUAAACAAAGUUAUCCAAUUCAGAAUACAAGACAAUUGAAAUUUAAAUCAUGCAUCAAUAACAAUUAAUAUGGGAUUAUUAAUCCUUCAAAAAGUUCUACUUUCUAUACGCAUUUAUAAAAUUUGAACCCACCCUUUAUAUAGAGAAAUGGUCCGCUUUAAUAAAAAAGUAUGUCGCAUAAAAGAAAUAUAUAAAUAGUACUUACUAUAGAAAAUUAUAAU